AUGUUGGGACUGCUCGGGAGAAGCCGAGACAACCCCAAGUUGCGCUCCCCCGACCUCAGGAGACCGCACGUGUCGACGCGGAAUCGAGGCGGCGGGCGGCGACGACGGAUACCCCUCUUCCUCCUCCUCGCAACGACCGCUUUCGUCCUCGUCCUCUGGCAUCACCUGUCGGAACCUUCCGCGCCGGCAUCAAGGUCAGCACGAAGUGAAGCAGUACCGGCAGCAUCGAAGCGUCUGCGGGAGAAGCUGUCCUUGCGCGGUCGGAUGAGGCGAAAAGGCGGAUCGUCCCUCGUCCCGUCUGCGCAAGCUCCCUUCGUCCUGCCCGACCACCUUCUUCCAGUGCACCACGACGCCUCUCUCAUAGUCUACAGCAACUCGCCCGUCGCGCCCACUCGUCCUCCUUCGAACCAGUUCCUCCUCGAGACACGAGCCGACCUUUCCAGGCCAGUCGUCGCCAUCAUCACCGCGACGAACAACCCGCGCCCAGUCCUUGUCGACACUGCAACGACAUUGUUCGGCCAGUCGCUGCAGAACUUUGUCUGGGUCAUCGUCAACGACCACACGGACGAGACCGCAGCGCUCGAAGUUCUGGAGCAGGUCGCGAAAGACCCGCGCGUCGUCGUCAUCCAGAACCGCGGCGCGAAAGGUCUCGCAGCAGGUCGCAACGUCGGACUAGAGUAUGUCUUCCGGCAGUACAGCCCGCCGCCCAAGUACCUCGUCUCGCUCGACGACGACGACCUGUUCGAGUUCACGGCGCUCGAGAAGGCGUGCUGGAUGCUCGAGUCGAACCCGGACUGGGACCUGGGUGGCUUCCGAUACGUCAAGUGGGGCGCGUCGAACGAGACGGUCUUGACGGGCGUUCACUCGAACUCGGACAACUACCUCGUCGGCAACUUUGUCCCGAACGCGGCGGUCUACACGAGCAGGGCUGUGCUCGGCAGCGGCUGCCGCUACGACGAGCUCGAGUUCCAGGAUGGCGGCGAGGACUGGGAUUUCUGGAUGUGUCUCGCCGAACACGGGUACUGGGGAGGUUCGCUCCUCGAGCCGCUCUACUGGUACCGCGUCAACUCGCCCAAGUUCCGCUCGCAGCGAUGGGGCAAAACCUUCGUCGACGGAUUCGGCGCCCUCAAGCGGCACAUCCAGACGAAGCACGCUCGUCUUGAAGGCAACUUCCCGAGCAAGAAACCGGCACGCAACGUACCGCUUGCGCCUGUCUCGUGGAACUCGCCGUUCGAGCAGGCGUUGGCGCACACGGACAAGCAGAUCCUUUUCGUCAUACCCUGGCUAUGGAUGGGCGGAGCCGACAUCGGUGCUCUGCACAUGAUACAGCUUUACGCCGCGGCCGGCUACCGCGUCACGGUCGCCUGCACGCUCAACCAGCAUCCCGAAAGCGUCGAGCUGCGCCCCUACGUCCUUCAGUACACCCACGACGUUCACAUUCUCCCCUCCUUCCUACACGUCCACGACUUUCCCCGGUACAUCAAGCACCUCGUGCGAAGUCGCGGGAUCCGGCAGGCGCUCGUCAGCCACAGCCAGCUGCUGUACGAGCUGCUUCCGGCGCUUGUCGAGCAGCUGCCGGACGUCGAAUGGAUCGAUUACCUGCACAACGAGUCCUACGACAACUGGAAGUCCGCAGGCUACCCUCGCUACUCGAUCAUCUCGCAGCGCUACCUCGCGCGCACGAUCACGUGCUCGUACCACCUCAAGAACUGGCUGCUCGACAACGGCCACCUCGACCCCGACCGCAUCGGCGUUGUCAAGCUUGGCAUCGAGACGUCCAAAUUCGUGCCCGCGACGCCCGCACAACGCAGUGCCGCAAAGGCGGAACUGCUCCAGGUCGAGCCGGAGACGCUCGUGAUCACUGUGGUCGGUCGCCUCGACCCGCAGAAACGGCCCCUCCUCGUCCCGCGCAUCGCCGAGCAGCUCCUUAAGCGCAUCGACCACGACUUUGUCAUCAUCAUGAUUGGCAAUGGCGAGCACCGGGAACAGCUGUUCGAGAUGAUCGAGAUGCUCGACAUGCAGGAGUACGUCAAGGUCCUCGGCACGCAGAGCGACCCCAGCCGCUACUACGCCGCCAGCGAUAUCUUCCUCCUGCCUUCCGUCAGCGAGGGCAUCUCUAUCGCCAUCAACGAGGCGAUGGCGAUGGGUCUGCCGGUCGUGACCGCUCGAGCCGGCGCUCUGCCUGAGCAACUUGGUGAAUUCGAUGCUCACGGUCGCAAGGUGCACGGUCGAGCCGAGCUAGGCGGCAUCAUCGUCGACCACGAGCUCGACGAGAUCAGCGAUCCCAUCGCGUACGCCGCCGCCCUCGAGUCCCUCAUCGUCGAUCCGGCUCUUCGCGCUCGACUCGCCCGCAACGCCCGCAAGCUCGUCGAAACCGGUUCAGACUGGCGUACGACGCUCGCUGGACUAUUCGACGAGCUCAAGCUUGCCCGCAAUCUACCCAACUUUGGCGCCGGAGACUCUCGCUACCCUCACCCGUCCGCCUAUUAUGCCACGGAGGUCCUGCUCGCCGAGUCGUACAAGCUCGUCGACAUGGGCUCGCAGUAUCCCGCCCACCGCUAG